GACAAGACUGCCACACAGUUUUACCUCCACAGCACAGCACACACAAGAUCAUAGUUUAGGAGCGGAGAUUUCACGCCCUGCUGGGUCCAUGUUACCACCAACAGACUGCUGAGGAUUCCUCCCCGAAGCUGAAACAACAGAAAUGCAGUGUAGACUUGACUUGUGACUGGUCUGCAGGCUCUCCACUUCUCUCGUCCCUGGAGUCAGCCGGUUGGGGGGCAGAUUCCUGAGUUCCCCUCUCAGUCUGAGUCUCUUGUCUGGACAAAACUGAGCGCCAUUGGAGUACACAGUUCGUCUUCGCCCGUGUUGCUUGGAUCAGCACAGCUCAUCUCCCGACCGAGGAGAGCGCAGCAGCUGCACAAGAUUCACCUUUAACCGACUGAUCCCUCCCGGCCCCGCCCACACUGCCCCAUCACCAUGGUGCUGUCACAACGGCAACGAGAUGAACUAAAUCGAGCGAUAGCCGAUUAUCUACGUUCCAAUGGAUAUGAAGAAGCAUAUUCCACUUUCAAGAAGGAGGCGGAGUUAGACAUGAAUGAAGAAUUGGAUAAGAAGUACGCCGGCCUUUUGGAAAAAAAAUGGACCUCAGUCAUCAGAUUACAAAAGAAGGUGAUGGAGCUCGAAUCGAAACUGAAUGAAGCGAAGGAAGAGAUCACCCUGGGCGGGCCCGUCAGUCAGAAGCGCGACCCCAAAGAGUGGAUCCCACGCCCGCCAGAGAGGUACGCGCUGAGUGGCCACCGCAGUCCGGUCACCCGCGUCAUCUUCCACCCGGUCUUCAGUGUCAUGGUGUCGGCUUCGGAGGAUGCGACAAUAAAGGUGUGGGACUACGAGACGGGAGACUUUGAACGCACACUGAAGGGCCACACAGAUUCAGUGCAGGACAUCUCUUUUGACCAGACCGGAAAACUGCUAGCAUCCUGCUCCGCGGACAUGACUAUCAAGCUGUGGGACUUCCAAGGCUUCGAGUGCAUCAGGACCAUGCAUGGACACGACCACAAUGUUUCGUCUGUAGCCAUCAUGCCCAACGGAGAUCACAUCAUUUCUGCCUCAAGGGACAAAACCAUGAAAAUGUGGGAGGUGGCAACUGGUUACUGUGUGAAGACCUUCACAGGCCACAGGGAGUGGGUCCGUAUGGUGCGGCCCAACCAGGACGGCACUUUGUUGGCCAGCUGCUCCAAUGACCAGACGGUGCGCGUGUGGGUCGUGGCCUCCAAAGAGUGCAAGGCUGAACUGCGGGAGCACGAGCACGUGGUGGAGUGCAUCUCCUGGGCACCAGAGAGCGCCUACCCCACCAUCCUUGAUGCCACAGGCUCUGAAUCCAAGAAGAGCGGUAAGCCGGGCCCCUUCCUGCUGUCUGGCUCCAGAGACAAAACCAUCAAGAUGUGGGAUGUUAGCAUUGGCAUGUGCCUUAUGACACUGGUUGGCCAUGACAACUGGGUGCGUGGGAUCCUCUUCCACCCAGGAGGCAAGUUUAUUGUGACCUGUGCGGAUGACAAGACCUUAAGGAUCUGGGACUACAAGAACAAGCGCUGCAUGAAAACCCUCUGUGCCCACGAACACUUUGUUACCUCUCUGGAUUUCCACAAGGCUGCACCCUACGUGGUCACUGGGAGCGUAGAUCAAACAGUAAAAGUGUGGGAGUGCCGCUGAUUUGGACCUCGGAGGAUUGGACCACCACCCCCAAUUACCCAGGCGCUCUUCUGGAUUCCCCCGGACACCACCACCACCACCUCUUGCUCCUUCUCCUCCUCCUCCUUCUUCUUCUUCUCCUCCUUCCUCCUCCUCUUCCCUCCCUACCAAUCAUCCCAUCUUUUCAUUCCACCCCCCCCUCCCAACCCUCUCCCCUCCUUCUCCACCUAAUCUAAAACUCGCCCCGCACAUCUUCAUCUCCUUUUGGCUGCACUUACCACCAUGGUUAUUUACCCCAUCGCGCUCUCUGGUCCAAUAACUUUUGUCCUUCUAUGUAAAUUAUUCCUGGAUGUAGAUCAAGCUAUUAAAUGUUACACAAAAAAAGUAUUCUUGCAUGGUAAUCCAAAAUUGUAUACUGUAAAUUUACAUAACGUUGUCUAGAAGUACCAUAGGUUUAACACGGGGCUGGCCGUCUGUCACGCAGCCUUACCGACCAACCGAAGGCAGAUGUUUUUGACUGGGUGUAAAAUGUAGGGCACUAAAAAAAAAAAAAAAACUAAAAAAAAACACGAUAAUUUAAGAAAUGACAGUGUCUUUAUGUGUAAGAUUUAUUUUUGUCUAUUUUUUUAUUUAGGAUUUUUUUUUUUUUUUUUUCUUUGUUAUUUCUCUCCUUCACUGUCGUAGUAUGUUGGUGCCUAGCUUGGUGAAACUUUUGAGAGAUAAGGCAGGAAAAAGCAUAUACGAUGCGAUUUAAGAUUGUCUGUGGGGCUUUGUUAUUGAAAUAAUCUGUAGCUUUAUAACAUCACUUCUCAAGUGUGCAUACCAUUUCUCUUCAUGUGGAACUAGGUAAUAUUUUAAUGGCUGUAUAUACGAAUGUUUCAAACUGUUGUCCUUGGACCUCGGGGGCUUAAAAAAAAUGGCUUUGUACUCUUGUCAUGGUGGCACAUGAACUACUGCUAGGCUUGAGGUGAAUUAUCCCAUUUAAUAAAUUAUCUGCAGUCAAGAAUUAAAUGUUUUAAAGUAGCUUUGUGAAUAGCAGCACUGAAGCUAUUCACCAGAAGCCCAAUUUAGCCUGUUUGGCUUUUUUUUUUUUUUUUUUUUGUUGCUGUCAGUGAGCGCCCUGGGUCACAGCAGCACCUGAGCGAAGUUCAGGGAUUACACCAUUUCUAAUCUCUAGCACUUGAUAAAGACCUUUGGGUGUGUCUCCCCUGUAGGAGAUCAUUUCCUGUGACCUUGCAUGUCAGACGUACGUCGAACUGAAUCCUCUGUUGCACCUCUAGUACCCGUGACCGGUCGGUCCUGGCAGGCGGCGGGGGGAGGGGGGGGGGUUUGUGUAAUAUAGGAAUUAUAUAGAAGAUGCUCAGUUGUCCCACGGCGCCUCUGAAGGCUACAAACACAAAGCCUAACAAAGGCAUGACGAGGAGUCAAAAUGAGCCCCCCAGGUUUGAUAUUUGGGAUGUGCAAGGAUAUCACAUUUCUGAGGGGUGAAAUAUGUUCUGCAUAAUAAAAAUGGUUUUGAGUAAUAAAAAAUAAAAAAAAGUUAUAAAAAAAAAAGAUCAGUUUUCUGUGAAAAUAUGAAAUGUAAAUUUAGCUUGUUAUUAAGAGAUUUGGCAGUUUUGUAAUAUCGCACUAAAGGAUGAACUGGAUGGGAAUUUUAGGAUUAGUGAGGAGAUGCUAGCAGCGGACAUGCUGAGUGAUCUGUGCACGCUGAUUGCCUGUAGAGCGGUCCGAUGCUAACGUACUGAAGGAUCUCUAUAGGCAAACUCCCCCCCCCCACACAGACCACAUCACAUGAUUGCACACGUCCUCUGAGUGGCUCUCCUCAGCGUUUGAUCUCUGCGGAACAGUUCAACAGGACGGCUAUUUUUUUGGGGGGAUAUAAGACUGGAAGAUAAGUGUAAUCCAGUCCACGCUGUAGAAAACAACCAUUCCACUCCCCUUGGAGGAAAACGAUGAAACAUCUUGCCUCUAACUAAAGCUGGCAAGGUGAUUCAUUAAUCUUGCACAUCCCUGUUUUCACUAAAUCUUUGGUCCUUUUAACGACGAUCAAAGACAACAUAAGAUUUAAUGAUGUUGAUAAAUGCAUAAACCUAUAAUUUUUUUUUUCUUCUUUUUUCUUUCUUUUUUUUUUUUUUUUGAUUAGCCUUUUCAUUCCAAUGCAGUUCUUGGCUAAUAAAGACUUCCACUGCUUAACUGAACUUCUUAUCUUAGCUUCUUUGCCAAGUUUUCCUCUUCCUGUGUGUACUGGAUGUGGUGAUCUGCUGCUCAAGCUCCUGCUAGUGGCUACUGUGAGCCUAAUGUGACCUGUUGAUGUAGCAUUGCUGCAUGUUAAAACCUGCGCCAGAGGCACAGCUGUCAGAACGAUAUUCUUUUUAAAAAAAAAUUAAAAAUACCAGAGCCGCCUUAUCGGAGACUAAUGAGGAUGAAACUGUCUCUGUUGUACUCAAAGAAGAAGAAGAAGAAGAAGAAGAAGGCUGGCUUGGUGGGUUCAGACAGCUCUGUUCCUUGGUUGUAGAAAAGGCUGGUUUUGUUGUGUGUGAUGCUUCUUGAAAGAGGUUUUACAUCCUCCUUCAUCUGUAAAUGCAAAUGGGAUUGUGGCAGACUAGGAUUUUCCAAAGGAGAAACCCUCUCUUUCAGGGAAUAUUACUGAUGUCUCCCUUUUGGUGUGCACCCACCCCACCCACCCAAACUAAAUUUUUAUUUUUUCUUUCCUACAAGCUGUUUCCUCUGUCUCAGACGGAGAGAAUCGGCUCAUUUUCUAGUGCAAUUUGGCAUGGUUGAUUUAAAAAGGAAAAAUACAGAAAGCCAAGUUGUUAAAUGUUCUAGCUGAAGCCAAAAAUGGAGACGUUUGUCAGUACAAUCUGGUUUAUCUCAGAAAUCAGCCUCCUCCUUGGUCCGACACAAUGUGACCAACUUGUGAAAAUUAUCCUAGUCCCCUCAGGAUCACGUUAUGACUGUAAAAUAGAGAUAAAAAGCCUCCUUCUUUGCCUGGUUUUAGGCGAGGAAGGGCGGUAAAUCAAAGGUCAGGACGUUGUGUGUUCUGCUUCUUUUGUAAGAAUCAGAGGAACACAGCUGCUGGUUGUUGUAUGCAAGUGUGCGUCCUGUUGAAGAAACCUCCUCCCCACCCGUUUUGCUAUUCGCAGGUCCCAAGCAAUCCCUGUGCUCUCUGGUCUGGUCUGGUCUGGUGUGGUGUGUGUGCGAAGGGACCGACGGACAGGUUUUCACUGUCUGUGGGUCGUUUCCUCCGGCCUCAAGUUCACCUGUCCUCUGUAACCUGCCUGUGAAACACAUCUGAGGGCUUCAGACUGCACAACAAGCUCCUACAGGAGAGCUCAUGAUGUUCUCGCCACUUAUGGUCUCACUCUUCACUCAGCAAACUGUUAACAAUAUACCUGGAUGUCAUUAUUGUUUGCGAUAUAAUAAAAGAAGAAAUCUGCA